AUGAAAUCUCAGAAGAAAUUAAAGAAAUUGACGAGAGACGCGAGAAACGGACUCACAAAAAUCAAGCUUCGUCGAAACAAAAGUCGAGGUAAACAGUUCGACACAAUCUUACAGGCGUUGAAUUACUUUUGCACGCGUACGACUCUUCACGGUCUCCGAAACGUUGUCGAUCCUGAAUUACACGUAAUCGAGCGAUUUCUAUGGUUCUUCAUGUUUGUAGUGUCUUCCACGGUUGCCAGUAACGUGAUUUACUCGCUGGCACUUAGAUAUCAGAGCGCUCCGACAUCGAUUGGCAUCGAAUCGAUGCAAUACGAGAACUCGAAUCUACCCUUCCCGAGCGUGACUCUUUGUCCGAAUGACCGCGUCGACUGGGCCCGGGCUCUCGACCUCGAACCAAGGAUUUUCCCUAAUGAUACGGACGAGAAAAGUCUCGAAACUUUCCGAAAAAUACUGGGCACGCUUUCUAUGAUGAGCUUCGGGGAUUUCGACAAUCUGGAUUUUCUGAAGAAUCAAAGUGUUCAUAAUCUCGCGGGUAGAACUCUUUACUUCCUUCUAACGAAAAUUAUAAAAAUAAUUAUACUCGCGCACGCGUACGUUGCGUUUCUCUCGCUAGAACUGAAGAGUAAUCAUUAUUGGACAGGUAUCAAUAUAACUCAAGUGUUGUACGAGGUAAUGCCACGCUGCGACCAAUUGCUGUCCGCCUGCUGGUGGCGUAACGCCAAUCGCAAUUGCUGCGAGAUCUUCCAGGUGCAGAAGACCGAAUACGGUUUCUGUUACUCGUUCAAUUCUGAACUAGCGCAGAUAGCUCUGGUGAAUUCUACGGAAUCGCGGCCACGAAAAGCGUCUGGCUACGGCGACUGGAGUGGCGUCAAGGUUACGAUUCAUCUGGGAAACAUAACGAAGCCACCAAAUUCCGAGAAGAUUGAUGGCGUCGUGGUGAUAAUAAACGAGCCUCGUGUCUGGCCCAACAGUGGUACUAUGAUACCGUCGGGUUCGUUGGUCAGCACAUCUUUAGUGUGCGUCUCCGGAUACGCCACUCAGGGAGUCCUUGAGUUGGACGAGGACAAGCAGCCGUGCCUGUACGACGAGACUGGCAUGUACAACCAGGAGACCUGCCUAUCGCUCUGCAAACGCUCCUGGGUCAUCAAGUUUUGUGGCUGCAAUCCGUCUUUUUAUUUUCCCGCAACCACUAAUUUUCGCGACUGUACCAUCAAGGAUUUCGCAUGCCUGGUCGAUCACAAUGGUGAGCGAGCUCCUCAAAUCAGAAAUUUUACUUAUAACGUAAUUAUAUUUUGCGAAUGUAUUUUAUGCUUUUGUGAAACGCUGGCGAUGGUGACGCAAGAUGUGUUCAAUGACUACAUUGUUCACUUUGGCGAGGAGUAUCCGCACGACAUUCCUAGCAUGAUUUGCAACUGCAUGCCGGAAUGCGACUACUACGUCUACAGUACUCAGUUUUCUAACGUGCCUCUACAUAACAUGAAUGACAUUAUACUGGACGUGCAUUACAUAGGGCAAACUAGUUUUCGUUAUAAAACGGACAUAGUUAUUACACAAAUGGACCUUCUCGUAUCUUUCGGCGGCAUAAUCGGCUUGUUCUUGGGCGGUUCGCUGCUCAGCGCUGUCGAGCUAGUUUAUUAUCUGGUGAUGGCGGUGUUUUCGUCUCUGCGCUCGCGAGAGAGGACUGAAGAGAGGCCGAAGAACCGAUCGAGCGUGACGCACGUUCGCACAACGGUGCUGCCUAUUCUGGAUUACAACCCUCUGAAACCGCAGGCGAAGAGGAUACCGAUUUUCGCGAAUUACGGCCUCGCAGAAUUGAAUUUGAACAGAUAUUGAAUUACCGUGAAGUCUUUCAAUGGGCGGGCCGCUUGGAGGAUUUCUAUCAUAGCUGGGCUACCACGAAAUUUGAGAAGGUAAAAUAAGAGAGGUUUAUCUGUACUCUCUCUCUCUCUCUCUCUCUCUCUCUCUCUCUCUCUCUCUCUCUCUCUCUCUCUCUCUCUCUCUCUCUCUCUUUCUCUCUCUCUCUCUCUGUGAAUUUCGAUAUUUCUACCUCGAAAUGUAGACAUAUGCGUGCGCGUAUUCACAUGCCUGCGUAUGUUCCGCUAAUGGAAUUUUGCGUUUUUCAAAGUCGAGAAACAAGAUUUUCCAACAAGAACUAGAUAUUCCCGUUCUAAAUCGCCUGCGUAAAUCGGGAGCACUGUCUGUUGGAAUAAACGGGUGUCGUUCUGUUCUUCAUAGACAUGUUGGUUAUUGUGUUUUAUCGUGAGGCUGUCCCCAUAAAUCAAAAAGAACCUGCGAUAUUGAUCGGAUUUGACAAGGAAAUCGAGGAUGCCUUGCUCACGCAAAAUCUGGUAUCUACAUCCUAGAAUCCAUGUUUUGUAUGUGUGUUGUGUGUUAUGAAAGAGAGAGAGAGAAAGAGAGAGAGAGAGCAACUCGUAUUUUAUUCAACGUUAUAUAUGAUACGUACCUUCUAUCUUGCCACUUUGCGGCCGCGUAAUACUUGACUUCAAUAAUACACGCCAUACAUUUUGCAUACAUUUCAAGCGACUUUCUUGUUUCCUUCGAGAUGGACUAGCGAACGAUUUUAUAACGAUGUAUAUUUACUUGUUAUUGAGAAAAAUACUAAUAAUAAUUUUAGCGAAAAAAAA